GAACAACUUGAGUAGCAACCAUGUUCCGUGUAGUUGUGCUGCUGUUGCUGGCUGCAGGUUCCUGUGUCGAGUGUCAAGAGUUGACCCAGCCACCGUCUGUCACUCUGCAGUCUGGUCAGAGUCUGAGCAUCAACUGUAGGGUGUCUUAUUCUGUGGGUGCUGGUGGCUACUACACAGCGUGGGUCAGACAUCCCGCUGGGAAAGGACUGGAGUGGAUUGGGAUGGCGUAUACUGGCAAAUCUUACUACAAAGACUCACUGAAGAACCAGUUCAGUAUUAAUGUGGACCCCUCCACCAAGACAGUGACUCUAAAUGGACAGAAUAUGCAGCCUGGAGACACGGCUGUGUAUUACUGUGCCAGACAAUGUGACAGCUAUUACUACUUGGACUUCUGGGGUAAAGGAACGCAAGUCACAGUUACAUCUGGCACACCAGUCCCACCAGUCCCACCCACUGUCUUUCCUCUGAUGCAAUGUGGCUCCGGAGCAGGAGACAUGGUCACUCUCGGCUGUCUGGCCACCGGCUUCAAACCCCUUCCACUGACGUUUGCGUGGAGCAAAGACGGGGCCGAUUUGUCUGACUUCAUUCAGUAUCCUUCAGUGGAGAAGGACAACCUCUACACGGGAGUCAGUCAGAUCCGAGUGAGGCAAGCCGACUGGGACAGCAGGGCCAAAUUUCGAUGUGUCGCCAAACAUUCAACUAAAACUGUUGAUGCCGUGAUCACCAAAACAGAAGAGAGGAUGGAGAGGAUUGUGUCUCCAAACAUGACAUUGUAUCCGCUGUGGGAGGGCAACCUUGCAGGAGACUCCUCUGUCAAACUUAGGUGCGCCUUAAGUGGCUUCUUCCCGGACACGCUGAGUGUCAAGUGGCUGCAGGGCAACCGAAUCAUCGACGGCGUGCAAACCGUGAGCAAGUUUCAGAGUGUGACGGCCCCACAGACCUUCAGUCUAAUCAGUGAGAUUGAGCCUGAUGUAAAAGAGUGGACAAACGGCUUAAGGUUUACCUGCAAGUCCACUCACAACAAGGUGGAAGAGAAAAAGUCAAUCAGUAUCUGUGAAACACAGGCAAGCGUCCCACCUUCCGUUCAUGUGGAGCUCCCCAGCUUCAAGGAAGUCAUGACGGAAACAUCCCAAGUGAAAGCAACAUGUUCGGUGCGCACCGCAUUGGAUGCCGUCGUCACAUGGCUGCUGGACGGCAAAGCAGCCGGCGACCAAGCGAGCGCGUACGCUAAUGCGUCUCACGUCAUCAGUACUCUGACAGUGUUGCCUGAUGUGUGGAGACAAAUCAGGAUUCUCAAAUGUAAAGCGGCGCAUCUUUGCUUCCCGGACGUCGAGGAGACCGUACGUGUGUCAGGUGUUGCAGUCACCGCUCCACUGGUGGAGAUGAGGCGAUCUCUUGCAGAUUUACAGAAUAACAACAGCGGCGUGUUCGAGUGUGACGUCACACAACUGGACGCCAUCGACCUCUACGUCACAUUUCAGGCCGACGGUGUGGAUAUUUCUAACAAACAGUACGUCGAUCUCCCUGAAGGCCUGGGCCCACAUUCCAUCCGUCCACGUUUCAGUUUGCACGAGUCCUACAGGAAGAGUGACGCAAAUUUAACCUGCAAAGUGAACCAAGGCUUCUCCGACAGCUUCCGGUCAAACCCCAUAUACGGCCUUUUUGUGGACCCAUCAGUGGAACUCUUUCUGGCCCCCAGUGAGGAAUCAAAACCUCAGAGGGUUCUGUGCUCUGGUCGGGGCUUUAACCCUCAAAUUAAAUGGUUCAGCGAGGCUAAGCAGAGAGCGCCAUCAAUUACUAGCAUCAGCAUGAGUGCGGAUGGACGUGUGGCUGUGACCAGUCAACUCCACGUCCCACUGAUAGAGUGGCAAACUGGGAAGGUCUUCACCUGUCGAGUGUCUGACAAGUGGCUGAAUAAAAAUGUCACCAAGACCAUCAGCAUUUGCUCCGUAACCCCAAUAUCAUCCCAACAAGUUGGAGUGUUUGUUCACGGACCCCCACUCACAGAGUCUCAGCAGAGGGACAAGGUGACCAUUACUUGUCUUUUGGUUGGCCCUCGACUUCAUGAUUUUGUCAUCUCCUGGAAAGUAGAUGGGAAGAAAUACUCUCAGAAUUCCCACACGGAGGAGCCGACUCGUCACGGCAAUGGUACAGAGACCUUACGGAGCUUCCUCAGUGUGCCAGCAGAUGACUGGGAUGCAUAUAAACAAGUGUCCUGUGAGGGAAAACACAAGUGUUCCAACCAGGGCCAUGAGGACUACAUCCGCAAAAGCAGAGACUUGUAUCCACCAAGAGUGCACAUAAUACCACCGACCAUCUCAGAGCUGUCACUGUCUGAUGACCUCACACUGACUUGCCUAGUUUCUGGAUAUUUCCCAGAUAACGUUAUAGUGUACUGGGAGAAAGAUGGUCAAAGAUUGCUUGACUACACCAACAGCCCUUCGUGGAAAUACAGCAGCAGCAAUACUUAUUCAAUGAGCAGUAGAAUUAAUGUGUCUAAAUCUGAGGACCACGAAUCCAGCUAUUCUUGCGCUGUCAGACAUGAGUCAUCUCAAAGUCCUUUUACGAGCACUAUAGAGGACGUGUUUGCCACAGUGACUCCUACCCAACCGUCAGCCAUCUUGCUCCAGGGUCGUGGUGAACUGGUGUGUCUGGUGUUCGGCUUCAGUCCCGCGUCCGUUAACGUCUCCUGGUUUCUGGAUGACACCAAUGAGCUGUCGGACUUCAACACCAGUCAACCCAGCAGAGGCCCAGAUGGGAAGUUCAGCAUCCAAAGCCGCCUUCGUCUGUCUCAAGUCAACUUGUUACCUGGGGCGGUUCACACCUGCAGGGUGACACAUGUGGCCGUUACACUGACCUUGAAUAUAACCAAUCCAGUGAUUUUGCCGGAUUGCAACGUCUUGGAUGACAUCGCUCAUGCAGUUGUUAACCAAGAUAUCAAUGCGGAAAGCUGGUAUAUGUCUGCCACAUUCCUUGUCCUCUUUCUCAUCUCCACCAUCUAUGGUGUGGUGGCCACCCUGCUUAAGACUAAAUAAUUAUGUCAGUGGAACAGAUGAAUGCUUCCAAGACAGUGGAUGUUUUAUUGAACUACUUUUGACAUAUACAUAAAGAUUUGGUUCUAAUACUGUAUCACUGGAUUAUUUUUUGCUUUUAACAAAGCAGUAUCACAACAACAUAAAAAAUAGAAUAUUGUUUCUGCAUUAAAACAGUUAAAAAAUAAAAUAAAUAAAUAACACCCUCAGUUACACACAUUGGCCACAAGAGUGCACCAAAGUUUAAACUGUAAUAAAGCUUGCUUGCUUGACAGUUUUGUUAUACAUGCUUGAAAAUGUUAAGUAUUGACAAUACUUAACUAAAGAACAAUUUCUUUACAACAACAGAUGUGUUUUUUUUUUUAUGUUAUUUUCUUUCCAUUUACAGCAUUUUUGAAAGUAUGUACACACUCCCACUAUACUGUCUGCAUGUGUUGUGUAUAUAGUGGGUUUAAAGGAAUUUCCAUCUUGGAGGGAUGACAACUCAGCAACAUCAAGGACAACUAUUUGCUACCUCUGCUAUGAAUUGGCUUUGUCGAUGUGUGAUUGGCCGGGGACUUGAGUUAGUAGGCCCAAAUCUGUGUUGCUGUUGCUGGGAUGUGGAUGCAGCAUGCGGAUGCCAUCCUAACUGCCAAGGGGCCGGUAACAGGGAUGCAUGGCAUCAGGCCCACGGGACGGCCUGAGAGGGUGUCACUGUCUUUGACCACCGUCACAUCCCAUACUAAAAAAACAAGUUACAGUAUAUUUGAUAGGGAAUUAUGCUAAUGUUUAGUACAAUGUAGUAAUGCAUAUGUGAUUUGUAAAAUAAACAGUCUUGACGCGUCUAUAAGAUGGUAUUUUUUGCUAUAUAAAAAACUCUGAAAAGA